UUCAGGUUGCAGAUUCACCGUAUUGGUCGCUGAGAUGGAGCAACUGCGCUCCAACGAGCGGUUAGCGCAUGAUCAUGCGUUCGGCCGGUCCGUGUGUGGGAUGCUGUGCAAGUCCGCCGCAUAAAAGUGGACAGGUGUAGCACGCCGUGUGGAGUACGGGAAAUCAAAGAAGAAGAAAAAAAGAAAAAAGAAAAGAAAAAAAAAACCUUGUUUGUGAGCGGCCAGCAGCCACUGCUGCGCUUUGCAUCUGCAGGCGUGGAGGGUUUUCCCCCUCCCGCUGUAAUAUUUAUGACAAAACGGAGGCAACAUAUUCUAGUCACGUUUUUGGCUGACAGCCGGCUGUCCUGGAGAGCGCUGGAGUGAAGCAGGGUCCAGAGCUGAAGAAAGCGCACCGACACCUGCAGUAGGAUGUAAAGGGAAUUCCCAAAACCCAACCUGAUACAACCAAAGAUCUGGUCUUCACCAUCUCUGCUGUCUCAUUCGAGUCAGAGUAAAAGGAAAACAUAGACCAUGGGCGGGUGUGGUGGCCACUGUUGCUAUGUGUGAAGGACCGCUGCGGCGUCAAUGGAGACCGAAGGCUAUCGUGACCUCCUGGAGACCAGUGAUGGUCAGGGGGUAGGCCUGCUGGACGGAGGGGGAGAGGCGGGUGUAGAGGAGGGAUGGAGUACACCCUACCCUCUGGGCUUCCAGGUAUCCUUGACCACUGUGCUGAUGCUGGAACUUGUAUUGGGCUUCAGCAGCAACCUGACCGUACUUGUGCUUUACUGUGCUCAGUCCAACCUGGUGGAUUCAGUCAGCAACCUGGUCACAGUCAACCUCCAUGUGCUCGACAUACUGGUCUGUGUGCUCUGUCUGCCACUGACAGUGGCUGUGAUCCUCCUACCAUCUAAUGAAAAUGGAGUUGGCAGCCUGGCAACACUUUGCUGCUUUCAUGAAGCCUGUGUCACAUUCACCAGUGUUGCCACGGCAGUCAAUGUGUUAGUAAUCAGUUUGGACCGAUAUGACAUCUCAGUGCGUCCAGCCAGUCGUCUGCUGACCCCCAGGCGGGCAGCACUACUCCUAGCAGCAGUGUGGGCUGUGUCUCUGGCUGUUUUCUUUCUGCCUUUCCUUGAAGGGGACUUCUUCUCUUCAUUGACUGAUGACGAUGAUGAGGAGGAGCCAGAGAGGCAUAGCAAUGACUCAGAGCUCCCUACUGGACUGACCCCUAUUUUUACAUCCUUAUCUCCUUCCUUAUUGCCAUCCACUCGACCCUCUUCCUCUUCACACCAUCUGUCUCCAGUAUGGCAGAACAGGACUCUGCUGUGUGUUGGAGGGCAGGGGUAUUACACAGGACUGGCUAUGUAUUAUCACUUGUUACUCCAAGUGCCCUGCUUUUUCAUAGCUGUGGCAGUCAUGCUGUUCACCUACUCCAGGAUCUUACAGGCCCUCAACAUCCGCAUUGGCUCCCACAUGAUGAGGAGUACACGCACAAAGGACUCUACCUGCAGGAUACGCUGCAGAAGGCAGAGGAGAAAGGAACUGACCCUCCCAACAGAGACAGUAUCCUCCAACCAGAAUCAGAACCUCAACCAUCCACCCCUCAUUCCGUCUGCAACCCCUACGCCUACAUCACCUCCACCACUCUCCUCCAUGCCCCAAGGAAUGUCUGACAGUGGGGCGACUGUAACUACUGUCAGCACUGCUGCCACCACCCCUGUUGCAACCACACCAGCCACCCCGGCUUCUCCAACUGCAGCUUCAGUUUCAGCUCAGACCCAUGCCUCCACACCUCUGCCUGCUCCAUCCAUGGGUGUGCAGGCCUCAGUUUCUGCCAUUAUCGCCUUGAGGCGAGCAGUGCGCAGGCACAGGGAUAGACGGGAACGUCAACGUCGUGUCCUUAAAAUGUCCCUAAUCAUCAUAUCUACCUUCCUUGGCUGCUGGGCCCCUUUGUCGGCUGUCAACGUUCUGAUCCUGUGUAUGGGUCCCAGUGACAGCCUGGUGCGCCUCCGUCUGUGCUUCUUGGCUAUGGCUUAUGGUACAACCAUCUUUCAUCCUCUGCUCUAUGCUUUCACCAGGCAGAAACUGCGGCGUGCCCUCAAAACACGCGUUAAGAAAAGAGUGGUGUCACUUCUGCAGGUAGACCCAGCUCCCAGUGGGGGGACAGUGAUUCAUAACUCAUGGGUGGAGGGGGGAGGCCAGAGAAAGGCUCGCAAGUCACGGGUGGAGGCCAGUGAUGGCACUGAUCGAUGUCUCACAGAGGCAGUGAGGGAAUGAGGCUAGUCUUCAAAGUGUGGCUAUAUCUCUGAGUGUAUUUGUGAGUUUGAAGAUUCUUACUAAGCUGAUGGAGAUGCAUUGUGACUUUAUGUUUGUGUGUGGAUGUGAGGCAGUUCGUUUACAAAGGUCAAGACAAAUCCAAGGGCCUCUGAUUCCUUUUAGGUGAGGAAACAGGUGAGCCUUGAGCUCUUAUUAGGCCAUUAUAAGUCCACUUCUGACUGCCAAUGUGUCUCCAUGGCAACACUAGCCAAGCAUUUUGACAACCUUGCCAUGACUACUGGAAAUACUAGUGUGCACCUCAUGUAUAGGGUAAGAAUUAAAUAACUGCAAACACAUACAGUACAAUAUUACUCCUGCGUGCACUUUUAACUUGCAUGUGCAUGUACAUAUGCACAGAUAAACACACACAAACACACACAAACACACAGACACACCCCACCACACACACACACACAUACAAAUAAUGCACACUUAUAUUCAGUUACUAUCUGUGAAAGCACACCAGAUCUACCUGCACAGAUAUUCUCAGUGACAAAAACAUUAAUGGAAAUAUAUAUUUUCCUCUAUUUUCCUUUAAGUUUUCAUGCCUUAAUUAAGUUUUAGGUAUAUUCUCACGGUGCUGAAUGUCUGGAUGUAUGUUUACAACAAUAUAUCAACAUAGAGUAAAAGUGUUUGCACUUACUGUAAAUUUUGGAUGAACGCAAACAUUCAGAACUAAAGUUUACAAACCCACAUUAAAUUACCAGAAAAUGAGGAAAAAGGAAUUUAUUCCAAAUUCAUCUAUGGUAAGUAUCACACUGUAUUUGAGAAGAAUUUGUGCAAGGUCAAACUAAAAAAACCUUUUAAAUGGUCGACCAAUGAUCGAUGGUGGUUGUGAUGAUGGAGGAAUGUAUGACUGCGUUUGUUUGUAUGCACGUUUGUACACGCUUGUGCGUGUACAAACGUGUGGUUGUGAAAAUGAAGUGAUAUAUGUGUGUGUCCAUGGAUUUGUGCAAUAAAUCAUGAGGAAAGCAAUGACCCCUCCACCCGACCCCACCAAGAUGUGAACAAAGAGAAUUUUAACAAAGAAUAGUGGCUUUUAAUUUACUGUGUGGCGUAGAUUACAGAGGGUAAAAAAAGAAAAGAGAAGAGACUUGAUCAUCUGAUGAUCAUCAGAUGGCUUCAAAAACAUUAUGUGGAGCAUUUGUAACUAUGUGUAUAUGACAGGCCACUUUAAUACUACUGAAAUAACAUAACUACUGUUUUAAAGAGGGAAUCAAGGGCAAUACCUUAUCGAAACUUCACUGGCCUCUGCAGUCAGUGCGGAUUAACUCAACACAAACUUGAGAACUCUCAAAAUGAAAAAAUAAAUAAAUAAAUAAAUCAACAAAAGAAAACUGGAUGGCUGCUUUUGGACAGUUAGCCUCUGGACUAAGUCCUGGAAAUGUUACACUAUAUCUGUGUCUUUCUUCCUCCUCAGGGCUUCAUGUCUCAUUUCAGAAGUUUCUGGACAAAAACUAAAGAAAAAAAAGAAAAGAAAGAAACAAAAAAGGCCUCAAUCAGCUGUUGUAUUAUGAAUGUUAGAAUAAGUUUCAGUUCAUGUCACUGAGUAGGUAGAGUACACUUUAAACUUUUUAUGGACUCGAGACUUGGAUGCUCCUUGAGCUUUGGGCUAUGUUCGCUUUUGCUCCUCUCACACAAUUUGUGCGACAGGCAGACGUCAAUGAUUCUUGUGUAUUCAUGUACAUUGUUCAGGGAUGUAAAUACUUCAGCAUUUGAUUUUGGUUUUAGUCAGGAAACCUUUUGCUUUGGCCACAAUCAUCUGCCGGACAGAAAAUCAGCCAUUGUGACAAACUCUUAGUGAGGUGGAGAGUUAUUGUAAGGAGAAGAUACAUGUAAGUGUAUUUGUGUUAAUACUGUAUGUGUACACUGUACUUUACAUAUAUGACCAUGUGUAUAGAGAAAUAUUAGUAUUGUAUAAGAUUUAUAAUAGCUGUUAUUGUAUAGAAGAGAGUAUACUAUGUAUUAAAAAGGUCUAUCUCAGUUCACUGUGUCAGUCAUAUGUAUUCAAGUCAAUGCAUAAGUUGUUGAAUUUCAAAUAUCUUAUUUUCUUUAAUGUUGUAUGUAAUGUAUAGAAACAUGAAAAGUUAUGCCAUACAUGUCUUAUCUGCUGUAAAAUAUAAAAAAGUUUGUUUCUUUGCUGCCA